AUGGCCUUUAAGUUUACGCUGCUCGCCUUGGCACUUGUGGUGACCGUAGGAGCCGAGUAUGAUUACACUCGGAGCACCAGCAACAAUAACCAGAAAGUAGAUGCUGUGUCCAACGAUGUGAAUUCUCUGGAACAGCACGAUUCCAGUUCCAGCUCCAGUGAGGAAUAUCGCACCAACUAUCAAGCACCCGAAACCAAUGACCAGAACUCACAGGCAACUCCGAAAGGUUACGACUAUCCCAGUCAAUUGAGCAACUCCGAUUCAAAUGUCUUGCAUCCCGUGAGCAACCCAGUAGCUGCCUCAUCUUCUCUCUUCCCUGUGCCGUUGCCCGUGCUGCGCGAGGAACGCCAGCCAGAGGUCUUUCCACCAGCCAGCUACAGCUUUAACUAUGCCGUCAAUGACGAAAGCACCGGUGACAUUAAAGAUCACAGCGAGACCCGUGAUGGUUAUGUGGUGCGUGGUUCCUACAGUCUCAUCGAUCCCGAUGGCUACAAACGCACUGUUACCUACACAGCCGACGAUGUCCAUGGCUUCAACGCCAUCGUGAACCGCGUCCCCUAUGUCCUUAAGAAGGUGGCCCUUGUUUCACCCACCGUGGUGCUCGAUGAGCGUUCACCUGUUAGCACUCUGGUGUCUGCUGAUUCCUCUAGCUCAGCAUCUGUCAAAGAUGGAGAAAAUACUUUGACAUCUGGCUCUGGCUCCGUCUCCGACUCUGGUGACAGCUAUGUCAAUGCUGCCAAUCAACGUGACACUGCUGGUGGCAUCUAUGCUUGA